UCUUGAAAAGGGAAAACGAAGCCACGAGGCUGGGGUGGGUUCUAGACACCUAUCUGACCUCUCCCGACAUUCGUGCUAUCUCUCUUUCUCUCUCUUGCAUCUCUAUAUAUUUCAUUUUUCAACAACACUUCAUCAGAUUUGAUCACCACCUCUUUAUGAUCUGAACUUUUACCAAACUCCAUUUAAGUUAACCCUUUUCACUUUUGAUCUACUCUACACCUUAAGGCCUUCAUUUCUCCCUCCCAUGCUGCAUUAACACCCAACCAUUUGCACUCUUUUCGAGCAUACAAACAAUAUAUUGUAGUACCGUCUUUUUUCUUUCAUAAACUUCAUUAUUAUACUUUCUUCUUUUCUCUACAGAAAAAAAUAAGUUUCUGAUACAAUGAACAGCUUUGACCCCCAAAGACAAGACUUGUUGAAACAGAGAUGGCAAGAGAGAAGACAGAUCACGGGCGCAGCUUCAACUUCCUCUUCUUUGGCUUUCUAUGUCGGUAACACCAGCACCACCACCAAUUCUGACAACAAAUUCCAAGGCUUUCCUGGGCUUGAGGACGAUGAUCUUGUCUCCACCGUGGUUCCCGCUGUAACAGUUGUGCUAGAGGGUCGUUCCAUCUGCCAGCGCAUCAGCCUCCAUAGCCAUGGUAGCUACCAAAGUCUGGCCAAAGCCCUACGCGAAAUGUUUGUGGAAAACGCUGAAGACAGUGAUGAUUUUGACCUUUCGAAUGUCAUUCCUGGCUACCUUAUUGCCUAUGAAGACAUGGAGAACGAUCUUCUUCUAGUCGGUGACCUUAGCUGGAAGGAUUUUGUACGUGUGGCAAAGAGAAUUCGUAUAAUUCCAACCAAGACUAACUCAAGAAAAGGUUCAACAGGAGCAUAAGCGAUGAUAACCUGCGACUAUGGUAUAGGGGGAUGUUUUGAGCAUGUAUAGGAAAAAAACAUGGAAACUAAUGAAAUAAAUUGGACUUCAAGUAGAAAAUGUGUUUUAAGAUCAGGAACGUGUGAUAAUGUCAGCAAGAAAUGCUGGUUACUGGCUAAUAGUCCAACUAGAAGUACAUGUAAAGUCUUUGUGUUCUUGUACGAAUAAAAGCCCCUGUUAGCAAUUCAUGGUAUCAUGGACUAAAACUACUCUUCAUUCU